GCGAUGAGGAGGAGUGGUCGGCUUUCCCUAUCUGGUGCUAAAAGCUUACCCGACCGUGAAGAACAGUCCCCCCAGCGGCGGCCGAAUGAAACGAGCGAUGGAGAUAAUAGUGUCCCCAUCCCCCGGAAAACGAAGAUGCCGCGGCGGCGGGCAGGAAAAGAACAUGUUCAGGACGAGGGACGGGCUGACGGGGGCCCCGACGAGUUCUUACCGCCUAGGUUGUUUGAGACGGAUAGGUUCCCUAGUCGUAGGUUGAACAAUUACUCAGUUUUAGGAUAUCUGUUGGUGGUGAGGGAUGCGCUUAAAGGGACUCCCGAUCUUGAUCGUUUGCUCCGUUCUUGCUUCGGACCUCUGUUUAAAAUCCCAGUGCGAAGAUGCAGUUAUUCUUCCGUCAUGAUACACGCCAUGCUCGUGAGGCAAGUAGUAACUAAGAAGAGGUACGAGUUGUGGCCUGUGUUUGGUGGAAACCCCACGAGGUUUUCGUUGGUGGAGUUUGGUGCUGUAACGGGGCUUCCAUGUGGGGAGUUCCAGCGGGGCUAUGUGGUUGAUUCUGAACCGAAGUACAAGGAGGAGGACUACGCGCUGUGGGACUAUCUCUUCGAUGGGAAACGUGACAUAACCAUAGCUGAAGUUGCAAAAAUGGUUGCGCAGGACCUGACCAUCAAGCGAGCCCGCAAAUUCAGGCUUUGUUUGAUACUCAUUGUAGACGGGGUUCUGUGUGCCUCCACAUCGCCUGUCUGCCCGAAGAUGAAGCAUGUCAAGCUCCUUGAAGACCUGACAAAAUUCCUAGAAUUUCCCUGGGGGCGCGAAGCAUUUUUUUGGACAAUCAGUACCAUGAUACCCCCUAAAAUGGUCGCCGGUGUCUGCGAUGAUCCGGAAGGGGACUUCUGUGCAAGUUUGAGGCAGCAAACCAAAAAAAUGGCGGGUUUCCCUUUGGCUCUUCAACUAGUGGUGUAUGAAGCCAUCCCGCAGUUGGUUUCGCGGCUUCGGGGAACGGACGAGGAGAAGCUUAUCGACUGUCUUAAUCUACCCCAGCACAAGGGUUUGAAGCUUUGGGAUGUCCUGGAGGCGGAGCAUCAUCCCGAGCUAAUUGUUCAGCCCAUGAUGGAGGAGCCGUCGGAUGUGCCAGACGGCUGGGGUUGUUGGGAUGAUGAGAUUUUUGACAGGACGGUGAAACACAUGUGUGGACGGAUCACAGUUGGAGAUAAGUUCGGGAAGUUUGUUUGGAGGGGAGGUGAUGGGAAGGAAGAUUUAUUAGACCACGAGGGAGCAAAGGCGGCCAAAAAAAGGAAGAGGGAAGCUGCGAAGCCAGAUCCAGCACGAGGGCCUGCCUUGAAGCAACGCAGGGUUAGCGGGUACUUCAGAAAGCCAGUACUGGUGGAUGAGGAAGUGGUUGGAAAGCUAGUUAAGCGGGUCGAGGUAUUGGAGAAGACUGUUGCUUGGUUGAAACUGAAGCUUUGUAGGCGUCGGAGGGUGGGGUUGACGCCGAGCAAGGAACUUCUGCGUAGUGUUAAGUUAGUGAAGAGAAAGAAGAGAGAAACCCCUGUUGUAAGCGAGGAUUGCGAAGAGUUUGAGGAGGGGGAGGAAGAGGAGGGUAAGGGGCUUUUCAUUGAAAGUGAUGACCGGGAUGAAGAUGUAAAGGAUGUUGACGGGGGGAGUGAUGGUGAUGGCUCAAACAAGGAGGAUGGUGAUGGGUCAAACAGGGAGGAUGUUGUACAAGGAGCUGUUGCUAAUGUUAUGGAAGUAGGUGAUGGGCUUAACAAGGAAGAUGUGGAAGAGGACGUUGUUGUUGAAUGUAUGGAAGUAGAUGGGAAGAAAUGUGUGGUGGGGGCGUCUGAAUUUUGUGUUGGCCUCGAGAGUGAAAGCGUGGAGAAAAGUCUAACGGAUGAUGGGGAUGAUAUUCCAGAGAAUAAGGGAGACGAGGGGGUUGGGAUGACUUUGGGUGGAGAUGUGCUGCCUAGUGAUGUGUCUAAGGAGGUGUUGGAGAGUGUUGUGGGUGGGAUGUAUGGAGAUGAUGAAGGGGGCAAGGUAGGGGAAGAGGAUGGGGCUGAUAGUAGCGUUGAAGUUAAUCCGGAUGGACAUGAUCGUGUAACUGCGUUUGGGGAUGUGCCUGAUGGUGGACUAGAGGAGACAAAGAUGGGAGAUUUAGGUGGUGCGUGCAGUGAGGAGGCGUGUGAUGGUUUGGACAAACUAAUCGGGGGGAUUAUUAAGGAGAGUCUUAUUCUUGAGGGGGGUGGAACAGAGGAUGCGGAUGUGGUGGAAUCGAUGGAGGGACCGAUUGAUAUGGGCGAUACUGGCGUCAAGGGUGUGGAGGAUAUGUGUCUACGUGGAGAGGUAGUUGGUGGCCUGGCAACCACCGUUGUGGAUGAGGACGGAGCCACUUUACCAACUCUAAUGGAUACCGUGACGAAGGUUGUGACGGUGUUAACGGACUCCCCGACAAGUGUAGCCAGUUCCAAGCACAAGCCUGUUGAGGCUGAAGCGUCGUUAGCCUCCCUGCUGCUUGGGAAGGAACCGUUUUCACUAGCAAAUAUCCUCCCAGGCCGUGUUGAUCCUGAUUUCGAUUAUUUUGAGAAUGUUCUGCUGGCCGAUCCGAAAGUGAUUCAUCUUGGAGCUGGUGGCCACGACCUGGACAAUCAGUUUUUCCUCGAUCUUGCAUCCCCACAGAAGUGGGUUUCCAGUAAGCACAUGGAAGUUUUGAUGGAAUAUGUGGCUAAGAGGCACGCGGAGACGUUUAGGGCGAGGAGAGUGAUGUUUGUGGCUCCGUGGUUCAUGGAACAACUGGCUGCAAAAGCAGAGACCUUUGAUACUUCUAAGUACAAGGGUAGGGUAUUUUCUGACCGUAAGAUUUCGGGUUAUCUGACAAAGAAGGGCCAGAAACUAGGCAUUGAUGUGGAUGAGGUCUAUGCGCCAAUGCUUUGGGCCAAGAACCACUGGGUAGGGUUGCGGAUCAGUUUGACGGGGUGGAGCGUGUUGGUUUAUGAUUCUGACCGGAGCCUUAGGGAACAGGAUGUAGCGAUGUCCUUAGUGUCACCAAUUGCGAAGAUGUUACCUUAUGUGGUUCGCAAGGUUUGUGGGGCUGAUGCAUUGGACGGUCGUGGGCUGGAGCCUUUUAGUGUUGGUUUUUUGGCCAAUGGCUAUCAGAACGCUCGUAGUGGGGAUUGCGGGCCAGUGUGUGUGAAGUUUAUGGAGUUGGCUGGAACAGGUGUGGAGGAGCCAGGUGCAGAGGACCUGACGGAUUUGUUGGUCGACGUUUUCAGGAAGCAAUGGGCAAUGGACGUGUACAAGGAUUUGGUGGUGCCUUUGUACCUUGUAGGUGCUGAGUCUGAUCAGUAGGGAAGACUUGGGGAGGGCGAGAGGCUUUUUUUUUUGUGUAUUUUCGGCUAACUAUUAUGGAUGGUGGUGUCCUUUUUUUGGAUGGCAAAUGUUGUAAGUUAAGGAACGUGAACGGCGUGGAUGAUGAAGUAAAACUAUUUUAGUUUUUAAAAAUGCGUUUGGUUUUCUUUCUAGUGUGCAGAAUUUUUCUACAAUGUUAUGUAUUGAGGGGUGGCAGGUUUGGUAGUGGGCUGUCAUUGAUGGUAAUUUUGAUUGCGAAGGCUAUGCAGAUAUGCGUACUAGUCAAACGAUGUACGCAUGUACCUUUAGUGGAGCUGUACAUGAAACAGUGUGUACGCAUGUACGUUUUAUAGUGACCCCAAAUGGUAAGUGUCGCAAAAUAGUAGGAAACAUGUGCUCAGUGGAGUAACGAAGUACGAAUAUGCCGUAGGUUUGAGUAUUGAGUUUUGGCGUUACAAACUGGGAUAAUUUAAAUAGAAGUACGAACAUACAGAUCUAGUAGCUGGGGUGGUAAAUGAAGAGCUAAUACAAACAGAUCGGUAGGAGGAAAACAGAUUAGUUAACAGUCUGAAAGCUUCUCGAAACUAGUAAUAAAGUUUGUAGCAUAAGGCGAGUAAGACAACACAGACUGAAAGCUUCUUGAAACUUGUAAGUUCAAGGUCCAGAAGCUUUAGGUUGUUUUGUGUUUGUUGGAGGUCCUCACGUGUGCGUUGGAGAAUGUUGGAAUAGGCCAGAGUAUCCUGUGAAAAGCUUUCGAUGUUGGACUGUAGCAAUUUAAAAUCGGUGUUCGCUCCCAGGGCUCCGCUCUCUAGCUGAUCGAGACGAUCCUUCAGGUCUUCAAUCUCCUCAACCAUAGAUUCGUCCGUCCAUUUGAAAAGGUGUUUCGGAUUUUCCUGUGUGAAAACAGAAAGCGUAGUUGUCAAAUAAGUUUAAAGGCAGUUCCUUUUUUGUUUGCUAAAAAGUAAACAUGUAGUUGGCGCGGUUACCUCGUUGCCGUAUGGACAGCUAUGGAAGAGGCGUCCGGGGUUGGUCUUUGUCCUGGAAGUGCGGUAUCGAGGAAUUAGGGCUCCACAGUUGCAGUGAGUAGGAAACCCCCUUUGAUUGUCUCCCAUGAUGGUCUCUAAUAUACUGCGGAAUCUUUUCUGGGGAAACGGUGUGAACCCUAAAUCUGGAUGUUUUCUACAGGUGGGAGGAUGACGGAGGUUAAUAAACGGCACGUUACUGUUGAUGUGGCAUUUUUUGUUUUCAUUAGUUUGGAUCGUUAAACGGUUUGGGCCUGCUAGUUAGUUAUGUAUAGAAUUGGGCCUUUUGGUCGUUUUUUCGUGUACGAAAGAAACGGCGUACACAUGGAUAGAGCGUCUGUUUUUAAAGUGCGUACAUGUAUGUCUGUUUUUUAAAAUUGGUUUGAAUGUUUAAGAGAAACGUAGUUUUUUUUGGCGAGGAGUAGUAAAUGUUUUCUACCACAAGAGUAAUUCAAACUAGUAAUAGAACAGGAUUGUACUAUCCUGAUUGAAGAUAAGCACUUAAGUUAAAGCGGGGAGCUUACAAGAUUUUGAUAAUGUUACCGGGCACGCGUGUUUAAUGCCACACAAAAAAAAAAGAGCUACAUCAUGGUCGAGGUACAGAGACCUGAUAAAACAAGAAAGCCCUUGCAAAGUACAAAAUACAAUAAGCAGAUCCUGGGUGAAUUUGCUAUCCAAAAGAGAUAUCACUUGGAUAUAAGAUUAACCAAGGGGGACUACACAUGUGGUCCGGUUGUGGCCCGUACCACCACAGCGAGUACACUUGUUUCGAACAGUUUUUGUUUUCUUCGUAGGCUGUUGAGUAUGAGAGUAACUGAGUUGGUAACCGGAAAAGGGAAACAGU